AUGGACGAGCUGACGGAGGGGUCGGUGAACCAAUGUUUGCUGCCACCAGCCGAUUGUAGCAAAUCGCGGUCGAACGAUUACGCCGUCGGCAGCACACGGUUGGCAGGAGGACCAACAUCACUCUCCCGGCGGAAGCGAUCGUGGUCGAGAGCCGUCUUCAGCACGCUGCAGCGCAAAGGACUCGAGCGAACGUUUCAGGAGCAAAAAUAUAUCACCAAACCUGAUCGAAAACGACUUGCCGCCAAUCUUGGGCUGCACGAUGCGCAGGUUAAAGUGUGGUUUCAAAACCGGCGCAUGAAAUGGCGGCACACGGUGAAGAGCACGUCGUUACUCGCGCCAACGCAGGAUAAGCAACCGGAAAAGCGGAUAGCAAGUAACGACAUGCUAUCGAAAGAUUACAACUCCAGUGUAGCAGAAAUUCUUACGCUUAGCAUCAACGAAGACAGUGAAGACAUAGAAGUUAUUAUAGAUUAA